AUGGAUGUAAGAUCAGGACUCACUGACCAAGCAACUAAGAUAGGAGGUAAGAAAGAUGUGAAGUUUGAAGCCGACGAUGCAUGCUGUUUAAAGUCCAAUCCUACUUUGGUGGGACAUGUCUGCAGAACUGACCAUGAUGUUGAUACCGAUGAACCCCUGAACCUGAGUACAUGCUUAAUCCUUUCUUAUACCCCCGUUCCACAGAAGGACUUGGAGGAGUUCCUGGAAAGUGGAGUACCUCCAAAAGGGUAUGUUUUUGUUAGCUUCCCGGAGCCCUCGCAGGGAAACUCGCUCAUACAUGAGAGCGACCUUGAACUAGUCGAUCGCACUUUGGAUCUUGGCGACACUGUCAAGCGGCACCCAGAUGACACAAUCAGCGGUACGGUCAUCAGUACCUCUGCAACAUGUAGCCUUGAGCCAAUCGCUUAUCGAACGCUCGAUUCCAAGACUGGAGAGUAUGGCUCUCUCAACUUCGCCGAAAAGGUCAUCAAGCGGGAAGGCAGUCUAGCAAUUGAGAACGAUGCCACAAAACCUCCACUUCUGCAUGAGAUUCCAGUAGUAGAACUCAAGAAAUACGAAGAAUUUUCCGAAGGCGAUUAUAUUGUCUACCGGCAGAAGCUUGGAAUCAUCCAUGGAAUUGAUCGUGAUGCCAUACUGCUUCUUCCAAAUCAAAGCGUUGUAUCUCCCCUCGAUCCGGGUGCUCUGGAGAUCCCGCUUCCAUUCGAAAUCGAGAGCCUCGUGUCAUUGCCCAACAACACCAGUGCUAUGCGGCAUUACCCCUUGGCUAAUGGUGGCUCAAUCUGGUCCAACGAAUCAACUUUCGUGUUCCCUGGCCAAUUUUCCUUUACGUCCAGGAAAAACCUGAGCAGAGGCGACUUGUCCUCUAGUGCAGCAUCAAUCUCACAGCCAGAAGGCUAUGUCAUAGCUACGCCGGCCAUGGAUAUCCAAGUCGACUGGCUGUGUCCAAAUGUUUUUGCCGCAGGAACAUCCCAUAGUGGGGCCAACCUCGAGGUAAUAAGAGCAUCUACUCUCCGUGGAAACGCAGUGGUAUGCGACUUUGGGCAGAUUCCCCAGGGGAAAGCCAAUGAAAAACCUAUUUAUUCAGAUACCUGGCUUAAUAUCGGGGAUAGGGUGCGUUUCCGGGAUUCAAUAUCUGCAGCUGCAAAAUAUCCGGCAUAUCAGCACAUGCCUACUGACCAAACAUUCGGCUACGAUAUAAACAUCCUCCGUGUUACUUCCAAGAAGUCGGAGGCCACUGUUCAGUGGCAAGAUGGGACUACUACCACCGAAGCAACCACUUCUCUGCACAAAUUCUUUGGCGCUGAGGACGAAGUCUGGCCGGGAAAUUUAGUUGUCACGAAGGAUGGUAUUGAGACUAUCCGGGAGCCCUGCAAGAACAAUACCGGCCCUUUAGGGCGCCAUAUGAAGGAGACAUUGCAUGUCAAAAGAGUCGGGGUGGUUCAAAAUGUGGAUAGCCAGGAGAGGAUAGCAUCGGUCCGCUGGUAUAAGGAUCCGGAUGUCAAAAUGACACAUCGGGGAAGCAUGUUAGUGCCUGGAUCCUUCCUAGGCGAACUUAGCGAUGUUGUCACAGAAGUCUCCAUCUAUGAGCUUUACUCAUAUUCUAGCAUGCAAAGGGUACUGAAUGAUCUAGUACUUCUGGCACCCAGAAUAGUUCACCGGUCAUCAAUACCAGCAACUGACAGUGAGCCGACUAGAGCAGCUGGCCCUUGUCGGCUGAGCGCUCUCUCUCCUGUCACCUUCUCUGAAACAAUUUCAUACCUCGAGUCCAUGAAACUAUCCAUGGUGAACUCUGAAUGGUUCAAAAGGACUACUGAUAUUGACGCGUCACCUGUACCCCCCAGAUACAGCGUACACCACGAAGAAUUUAACAUCAAAUUGCCAACUGACUUCAUUGGCAAGAUCGUUUCAAUAGAUACUGAGGGCGCCAUCACCAUUCGAACUGCAGGCGCCGACAGUGUUCGUGAUAUUCGCGUGCCAUGGGAGAGAAUCAUGAUGAUAAUUGAUGAGGAUAAUAUAAUUCCGCCUAUGGCGCUCCCGCCACUCGAAUUAUUGAGCCUCGCGGAUAUCGAUCGUUUUGUACAACCAGCCGACCUCCCAUUCACUGAGACGAUUGAAUAUGAGGGCGGCGAGCGUCUUGAUAAUGAUAGUGGGGAUGAUGACUGGGCGACUGAAGGCGAAUCCGAGUUUGACGAUGAGGACUUUGAGGACGUGGAAUACAACAGCGACGAUAGUGAUGGGCCGGUGGCCCCCGCAUUGUCAAUUAUCAAUCCUCCUGAGAGACUCAACCAUAACGAGCGGGAACAGCCUGUUACUGAUGAGGCCCGAGCUGAACUUCCUCGAGUGGAAAAUAGACUACUUAUACUCUCAAUACCCUUGCCAUCGUCAUGUCCUCUGGGCUUCUCUCUGUUAGAAAGCCCGCCCCCUUCUGACCACCAUUUCUUUUCCAGGGUCCCGAGUGAAGCUCCUGGACUGCGUACCAAACGUAUACAAAAAGAAUUCGAAAUUCUGCAGUCCUCUUUACCGGCUGGAAUCUUCGUGCGGACAUGGGAGUCUAGAAUGGACCUCUUACGUGUUCUGAUAAUUGGGCCUCAAGGAACACCAUAUGAGCAUGCGCCGUUUGUGAUUGACUUUCACUUCCCUGAUGAUUAUCCUAUUCGUCCUCCAGCAGCCUAUUUUCACUCGUGGACGGACAGAAAUGGGAUGAUCAACCCCAACUUGGGAGAAAAUGGCAAUAUCUGCUUGAGUCUCCUAGGAACUUGGCCUGGGAAAAGUCCCACGGAAAGUUGGUCCCCCACCAGCUCGACGGUCUUGCAGAUCUUGGUUUCAAUCAUGGGUCUCGUAUUGGUAAAAAUGCCAUUCUACAAUGAGGCUGGCUACGAAACACUUGCUGCGGAGGAAGACAGGCGUGUCGAGUCGACCCAAUACACGGAGAAAGCCUUCCUGAUAACACGGACUUUUAUCCAACACGCCCUUGAAAACCCUAUCGCUGGCUUAGAAGAUGUUCUAGCUUGGCAUUAUUUCGCAGAACCCCGACAGAGACAAAACGAUACUUGCAUCCGCCCACGACUACUACGUCGGGCUAUUGACGAAGCUCUUAGCAUGAUUGAGCAUCAUAACCGCACACCAGCAGGUGAAAAGCUGAGUGAGGAGCAUGCGGCAUCGGCCUUUGUGUCUCGUCUUAGUCUAGGGGCAGUUGUGAUGUUGCGAAAGCAUAUUAAUACACUGGAGAAGAUUGAAUUAGCUGCGAGUUCUGUCGAGAGGCGCUUCUGUCGCACCGCGGAUCAAAGAAAAACAGCCGCGUCGCUUGUUUUUAACAUGCCAUCUUAUCGCUUGGAGCAAGCCUCCACCGGCAGAGCUGGCUGUCAAAACAAAGAAUGCAAAGACGAGAAGGUCAAGAUCGCCAAAGGCGAGCUCCGUCUCGGCACCUGGGUUGACACCGAGCGCAUCCAGGCAUUUUUCUGGAGACAUUGGGGCUGUGUAACACCCAGAAUCAUUGCUAGUCUCAAUGAAAAUCUUGGGGAUGAUGACGAGAAGGAUUACGAACAGCUAGAUGGCUUCGAAGAUCUUACUCCGGAAAAUCAGGAGAAGGUCAAGAAGGCGCUGGAACAGGGCCAUGUCGAUGAUGAGGAGUGGAAGGGGGAUGUUGAAAUGAACCGUCCUGGUAAGAAUGGCUUCCGCGUGCGCGGAUCAAAGAAGAAGACGGCUGCCGCUGAGGAGAGCGAAGCUGAAGCAAAGUCCCCUGAGCCAAAGACCAAAAAGCGUGGCCGUCAGUCAAUCAAGGACGAGGCUGAAGGUCAUGCUGAAGAUCAUGCUGAAGAGACACCGGAAACCAAGAAGCCUAAGACAGGAGCACGUGGAAAGCGAGCCUCCCAAAGCAAGGCGACAAAGGAAGAAGCAGACGACGAUGCGGUAACUCCUGCAAAACCCAGGGCAACUAGAAAGGGCCGUGCCUCGAAGAAUGACACCGAGGACAAGGAAUCACCGAAGGCUCCUGCCAAAGCUACUAAGCCCGCUGCUAAGCGCCAGCGGAAGGCUGCUGCGAAAGAUGAUGAAGCGGAGCCUGUUGAAGAAGAGCCUGUUGAAGAAGCGCCUGCUGAGGAAAAGCCGAAGCGAGGCCGGAGGAAGAAGACUGCUGCUUAA